CAGCUAUAUCACCAACAGGAAUCAAAAUGGCCAUCUUCUUCGAUUCUUGGGUGACCGAAAUGUUGGCUAUCUUGUCAACGGUUUUUGCGAUACUUUACGUCACAUUUAAAAUCAGUUACACACACUGGAAGAAGAAAGGUCUGCCGUAUUUGGAGCCGUCUUUCCCGCUUGGAAAUGCAUGGAACACGGCACUAAUGAGGAAGAGCCUUGGCGAGGAUCUGCGGGACGUCUAUUUUGAAGCAGAAGGCAAACAUGUCGUCGGUAUUUACUCAUUACACAACCCUAUUCUCGUUGUGCGGGAUCCAGAGCUGAUCAAAACGAUCUUUGUGAAAGAUUUUAACUAUUUUCCCGAUCGGGGCGUUUAUGUGGACGAGAAGACAGACCCACUGUCAGCACACCUCUUCUUCCAAUCAGGAAGCAAGUGGAAAUCAUCGCGCCAAAAGCUGUCCCCCACGUUCACGUCUGGAAAAAAUGCGCGCCAUGUUCGGCAUAGUGCGCGACUCUGCGCCUUCGGCAUCGAUGUAGACAGCCAGCACAUUCCCAACGCUGAGUUCCGACAGUGGGGACGGCGCUUCUUCAAGCCUUCGUUGCGUACCUUCCUGUCUUUGGGUGUGGCACUCGCUAAUCCUAAACUGCGCACCUUGUUACCUAUACCCCUCGUUCCAAAGGACAUCGCAGUGUACUUCACACAGAUCGUCAAGGACACAGUCAGACACCGAGAGGGAGCAGGAGUCAUUAGGAAGGACUUCAUACAGUUGAUGGUUCAGUUGAAGAACAACGGAUACAUCGAUGACAGCUUCUCAGUCUCUGGGCAUAAGAAUUCUGAACAAGAGAACGGGAUCCUGACGUCCAAGGAGAUGGCAGCACAGGCGUGGGGGUUCUUCCUCGGUGGGUUCGAAACUUCCUCCGGCACUGUAAGCUUCUGUCUGUACGAGCUCGCUAGACACCUGGAUAUUCAGAAGAAACUACAAGAAGAAAUUGACGAAGUGAUGAAGAAGACAAAAGGUGAUGUGACGUAUGAAGACUUAAUGACCCAGAUGCCAUACCUAGAAAAGGUGGUGAACGAAACCCUUCGUCUGCACCCUCCUGCUCAAAUUCUGAAUCGUGAGGUGGCGAAGGAUUAUAAACUGCCAGGAUAUGACUGUGUGUUGGAGACAGGAACUAAGGUGAUCAUUCCAGUCAUGGGACUCCAUCAUGACAGGAAGUUCUUUCGAAAUCCUGAGAAAUUCGACACUGAGCACUUCUCUGAGGAGCAGGUGGCAUCUAGGCAUACCUACAGCUUUCUGCCUUUCGGCGAAGGGCCACGCAUCUGCAUUGGCAUGCGUUUUGGCUUGAUGCAAAUGAAGAUGGCAAUAGUAUAUCUGCUGUCAAAAUUUGUCGUACUGCCUGUGGACGACAAGCCGGUACGGAUGGAUCCGAGCUUCCCAGGGCUUACACCAAUCGGCGGUAUGAAUCUGAGGUUCGAGCGGCGACAAGAACCUGCGUGGUGAAGACCUGCAGCUGCUGUGGAGAACUCUGUGGAAAUGUCUGCACACACUGUGUUCACGUCCGCUGACAAGUGGAUCCAACACUAGGCCUCUUCUAUGAUGGAACUGACUGGAACAGACUGUUGUUUAAGAGUGUGGAUAGUGUGCAGUUUCUUACUGAUACUACCGCUCUAGCAACAGGUGGCAAUUUUUUGUUCUGUAUUUUGUUGAAUUUUCAUUGAGACUGAUAUCACUGUCAAAUGGAAUAAGUCCUC